GUCACGUGCUAGGAAAUAGCGACGUGGCUAGUUAUGCGUUUCUGUAAUUGGUAGUUUCGGAUUGUUUCGAUAGAGUAAUAUUUUCGGCAUGGCUGAAGCUGAAAGUAAAAUCUUAUGUUUGUUUGAUGUGGAUGGCACGUUGACCGCUGCCAGAAAGAAAAUAUCCAGUGAAAUGGCAGAAUUUCUGCAAAAUUUACGAAAGGUGGCAAAAGUUGGAGUUGUUGGAGGAUCAGACUUUCACAAAAUCAAAGAACAGUUAGGAGAAAAUGUGGUUGAAGAUUUUGACUACGUGUUUGCAGAAAAUGGCCUUGUUGCUUAUAAGGAUGGAAAGUUUUUAUGUAAAGAGAGUAUUCAUGCCUUUUUAGGAGAAGACUUACUGCAAGAAAUAAUCAACUAUUGUCUAUGCUACAUUGCAAAGCUCAAACUACCAAAGAAGAGGGGCACAUUCGUUGAAUUCCGAAAUGGGAUGCUAAAUGUUUCGCCUAUUGGAAGGAACUGCACUCAGGAUGAACGUGAUGAAUUCUAUGAAUUGGAUAAAAGGGAACAUUUUAGGGACAAGUUUGUAGCGGACUUACAGAAAGAAUUUGAAGGAAAAGGACUAACAUUUUCAAUAGGAGGACAGAUAAGUUUUGAUGUAUUCCCCAGAGGCUGGGAUAAAACCUACUGCUUGACAAUCCUAAAAAAUGAUGGAUUUUCAAAAAUAUACUUCUUUGGGGAUAAAACAGACCAGGGUGGAAAUGACUAUGAAAUCUAUAAUGACACCAGAACAAUUGGACAUUCAGUGACAUCUCCAGAAGAGACACAGAGAAUCUGUAGAGAGUUAUUUUUGCAGUGAAGAGUCUAUGUUUACUAUAAGGAUUUUCUGGAUAUAAUAUCAUCCUCUUAUAUUAAUAAAAUCCUUCAUUGUAUACUAA